AUGCUAAAGUCUAUUUCCUUUAUCUUAUUAUUAGUUUUUCAUAUAUCUUAUUUUACGUUAACCUCUUACGAUAUAUAUUUACUUUGAGUGGGUAGAGAAACACAAUCUCCUUUUUGCUUUCCUGUUUCUCUAAAUUAUGGCGGAUGAAUUAUGGGAUGAGUUACAAAAUUUGGCUAUGCGUAGAGAAGAUCCAGAAUUGUUUGUCCCUCAUGAGGCUUAUGCAGCUACGGUGGCUCGCAAUAGGCUAAGUUUGAUAGCUAGACCCCUUAACCCGAGAGCUCAAAACCUCUUUACUGUGAUCUCUUCGCUACCAAGAAUUUGGGGAUUAGCAGCAAGAGUCCAUGGAAGGGUUCUGGAUGAUACUUUUGUUCAGUUUCUAUUCCAAUCUGAGGUGGAUCUUAUUUCAGUUCAAAGAAGGGAACCAUGGAUAUUCAACAAUUGGUUUGUGGCUUUUCAGAGGUGGGAGGACCUUCCUGACUUUGAUUUCCUCACAACAAUAGAUAUCUGGGUUCAGAUGAGAGGAAUCCCUCUUCCUUAUGUUUGUGAAGAAACUGUAACACAAAUAGCUGAAGCGCUUGGUGAAGUGGUGGAAUUGGCCUUUCAUGAUGCUACUACUACUCAGUAA